AUGCUUAUUCAAGCCGAACUUAAGAAAUUCGCUCCAUAUUACCGAAGAGCAGCGGCGGAAAAUGUCAGCGGCGCCCACGACUUUGAUGUUAUGAGUGCUGCCAUCAACAAGUUUGAAGAAACUGGAUCUUUGAAGACAGUCGAUGUGCGUUAUUGCUGGGAGUAUCUGCGACUGCAGCCAAAGUGGCGAAGAUUGGGCGAGGACCAGGAGUCCAUCGCUAGACUCGAAGCAGACCGACAAAGACAACGGGCGGAGCGAGAUAACGACGCCGAAGCCAGUCGAGGUGAAGUCACCGCACUCGUUCUCAAACGAUCAAAGGUUGAGAAGGCUGCAAGAGCUGCAGCGUUCAAGGCUGCAAGAGUUGCAGCGCACAAAGCUGCAUUGCAGGAGGCCGCCACGACCGAUUUCGCCAGAAUGCAAGCGAAAAUGAGUGCCGAGUUUGCCAUCAACGUGGCCAACACGAAUCUUGUCAUGCAACGCGCCGAGCAUUUCUCUUGCAUGAAAGAGUUCACAGAGCCAAGUCUGGGGAAAUCCUCGCCCUUUUUCAGGCACAUUUGA